AUGACAGCGAUUACCGAUAACCUUGAGACUAGGAAUAGAGACUAUGCGGCUACCUUCGAUAAAGGUCAUCUUGCCUUACCUCCGGCAAAGAAAUACCUAGUUUUGACAUGUAUGGACGCCAGGAUUGACCCUGCUGCGGCAAUUGGGAUAGAUCUGGGAGACGCCCAUAUAAUUAGAAACGCUGGCGCAUCCGCAAAAGACGCUCUGAGGUCUAUUGUCAUCUCCCAACAGUUGCUCGGUACACGGGAGAUCUUGUUGAUCAAACAUACGGAUUGUGGGAUGUUGACGUUCGAGAACAAAGACGCUUAUGCUCUAGUCGAGAAGAGUCUGGGGACACAAGCCGUCGAGGACUUGAAGUCGAAAAAUUUGGAUUUUCUACCUUUUCCCUUGCUGGAACCGGCAGUUCAAGACGAUGUGGAGUUUCUGAAAGGUAGUCCUCUGAUUCCAGAAGAUGUUCCGAUUAGUGGAUGGGUAUAUGAAGUGGAGACCGGUAGAAUCAGAAAGAUCGUGUGA